CCAAAGCCCCAAGCUAUCCCUGGCAAGACUGGAGCAACCAAGAGGAUCUGGGACGAACCCCUUCACCAUGUGUGAGAAGAGCUCAGGUACUUCAAACCUUGGUCCUCCCCCUGACGUUCCUGCAGAGAAGAAGAAGCCAUAUGUGUGCUCAGGCUGUGGUAAGGCCUUCAGAGAAAAUAGCCGUCUCAUUGAGCAUCAGAGGAUCCACACUGGAGAGAAACCAUACACGUGCGGGGACUGUACCAAGGCCUUCCGCACAAAAUAUUACCUUCUCCUGCAUGAGAGGACGCAUACCGGGGAGAAGCCGUACUCAUGUGGGGACUGCGGCAAAGCCUUCAGUCAGAAAUCAGGCCUCAAUACGCAUCAGAGGACACACAGCGGGGAGAAGCUGCACUCAUGGGGGGCGAAGCCUCAUUCGUGCAAGGACUGUGGCAAAGUCUUCAGCCAGAUUGCGAGCCUUACUGUGCAUCAGAGGACGCACACUGGGGAGAAGCCAUAUGUGUGCGGGGACUGCAGCAAAGCCUUCCGCACAAAAGGGCACCUCAUUGUGCAUCAGAGGACACACACUGGUGAGAAGCCACACUCGUGUGGGGACUGCGGCAAAGCCUUCAUCCAGAAAACAAAGCUCAAUGUGCAUCGGAGGACACACACUGGGGAAAAGCCUUACAGAUGUGGGGACUGCGGCAAAGCCUUCAGAGUAAAUUGGCGCCUCAGUGAGCAUCAGAGGAUCCACACUGGGGAGAAACCGUAUGUGUGUGUGAACUGUGGUAAGGCCUUCAACGAGAGUAGGUGGCUCAUUGAUCAUCAGAGGCUGCACACCGGUGAGAAGCCGUACACCUGCAUGUACUGCAGCAAGGCCUUCAGCAGCAAAAGUUACCUUGUCCUGCAUGAGAGGAUACACACUAGGGAGAAGCUACAUUCCUGUGGGGACUGUGGCAAAGCCUUCAUCCAGAAAUCAAAGUUCAAUGUGCAUCAGAUGACACACACUGGGGAGAAGCCUUACACAUGCAGAGACUGUGGCAAGGCCUUCAACCAGAAAUGGAUCCUCAUUAUGCAUCAGAGGAUACACACUGGAGAGAAGCCGUAUGUUUGUGGGGACUGCGGCAAGGCCUUCAGUAUGAAAGGGCAACUCAGCCUGCAUCAGAGGACGCACACUGGGGAGACGUUUCACUCGUGUGGGGACUGCGGAAAAGCCUUCAGGCAGAAAUCAAACCUCAACGUGCAUCAGAGGACACACACCAGAGAGAAGCCUUACGUGUGCGGUUACUGUCAGAAGGCCUUCAGCCACAAAUCAAGCCUCAGUGUGCAUCAAAGGAUGCACAUCAGGGAGAAGCCAUACAUGUGCGGGGACUGCGGGGAAUCCUUCAUAUUGAAGAAGUGCCUACUUAAGCAUCAGAGGACGCACACCGGAGAGAUGCCAUAUGUGUGCAGGGACUGCGGUCUGGCCUUCAGAGAGAAUAGGCACCUCAUCGAGCAUCAGAGGAUGCACACCAGAGAGAAGCUAUACGACUGUGGGGACUGUGGCAAGGCCUUCAGUUAGAACUAUAGCCUCAUUGGGCAUCAAAGAGUGCACAUG